CCCCUUGCCUACGGAUACGAGCUGAGCCACCAAACUCUCCUGUACACACAGAGGAAGGACUCUGAGAGAAUAUCUUUACGUCACCGACGCAGGUUGGACCCAGAUCUUUGGCUUUCUCUCUGUACAACCCAGAUCCUGCAGCUGUCUCCUCGUCUCGUCUGCCUGCCUGGCUCUUGGUCGUGUGCCUCUUACCUGCCUGUCUGGGUGUGCUGAGCUAUGAAGACUCCACUCUGGUGCCUGGUGGUGCUGCUGGCAUGUCUCUUCACCCCUGUACGUGGCGACUGUCAGGGGGAGUGUGUAGCCUGUGGUCUACUCCUGCAGCAGCAGCAAUUGCAGCAAGCCUUUAACACCAUGGUGUGUCUGCUGGAGUGUGAGGGUCAUGUGACCUCCUCCCUCACCUGGGAGGUGUGCAAACGUGCCGUCAAGCUUUCACAAUAUCCUUCACUUCCUGAGGGAGGUGCUCUAUCCAAGAGAACAGGGGAGCAACUGGAGCUGACCUCUUUCGACCUGGACUCUGAUGGCGCUCUGCUGCUGUCUGCCGCAGCGGAGCGAUUCCAGGACGGGGAUCAGAGUGAGGGAUCUUUCAAGCAACGCAGUGCCCAGUAUGACUCAUCACUGCUGGGAUCCGAUGAGGCGGGGGAGGGCCUGCAGGGUCUGGAUCUCAGUCUGGAGGACGAAGAGAAGAAGGUGAGAGAUGAGAGAGAUGCACUUAGGGACAGCCAGCCAGAGGGGGACGAGGAUGAGGACUCGGAGGCCACCAGGCUAUCCAAGCGCUUUGGUGGCUUCCUGAGGGGUCGCCAUGGAUACAGGAAGCUGAUUGGCUCACCGGCAAGGCCCCUGCAAAAGCGCUAUGGUGGCUUCAUAGGCAUCCGGAAAUCAGCCCGCAAGUGGAACAGUCAGAAACGGGUCAAUCAGCUGCUGAGGCAGUACCUGGGCAUGAGGAGCAGUCGCAGUGGGAGGCUCAACAGUGUCCCUGCCACCAGCGUUUGGAGGCAAAACCAACUGUAAUGUAUUUCUGUAGUGAAACCCAAAACCGUCCUUCUGUGCUGGGUUGCUCUCACAGAAUCCUGCCCCAGUUACCUCAGCCAAUCAUGUUUUCAACAGUUCGCUCAUGUUUGAACUGUGACGUUGCCAUCGUCAUACAGAGAACACAGUAUGCCAUCUUGCUGCACCUCUCUUUGUGUCUAUAAGUAACAAGGAAUGUUUUGACCGU